AUGGAGCCUCGAAGAAAUGAGCCUUUAAUCGACAAACGUUCAGAUUUUUCUUUUUGCAAAGCAGUUUAUCACUUAGGUUCUUUGAGUUUACCUGUGGUGGUGUCUCAAUUUUUAAACGUGGUGAUCAAGCUUACGAGUUUUUUAUAUGUGGGAAAUAUAGACAAGUACAGAUUUGCAGGAAUGGGGUUAGGAUAUUCUUGAAUUGUUAUAAUUGGGGUAUCUCUAUCUAUGGGAUUAAGUGGAGGAUUAGACACUUUAUGUGCCCAAGCUUUUGGAAGAAAGCAAUAUCAUUUAGUAGGAAUUUGGUUUCAAAGAGGCUUAUCAGUUAUGGCUAUUGCUUAUUUUACGUCGCUUUUAUUUUGGUUUAACUCAGAGACGUGGUUUGUGUUUAUUGGAGUCGAUCCUCGAAUUGCAAAAUAUGCAAGUAACUAUAUAUAAUAAUUAAAGAGAAUUUAUAAUUAAAUUCUAAUGGAUAAUUCCUUUUCUAUAAAAAAUUUAGGCUUGGAUAUUUAAUAAAAAAUCAUUUUUUUAAAAAAUUGGAAUAAAAUACUACAUUCCAGCAAUUGGCCUUUUAAUGUUUUCUGAAAGCUAUAGAAGAUAUUUACAAGCACAAGGCCAUUUUUGGCCUGGCUUUAUAGCUUAUUUGAUAGCCUCUAUGUCACAUAUCUUUUCUGGAUAUCUAUUUAUUGUCUAUUUUGAAUUAUAUGAAGUAGGUGCCGCAAUUGCAUUACAUUACAUUAGAAUUAUCACGCUUAACGUCCACCACGGAGGUCAGCAAGAACCGGACCUGUCACCUUCUCUUCCACCUUGUCAGGCCCACAGGCCGCCGGUCCAGCCUGCUUUGAUCGCUAAUACAGGCUUGGAGGGGUGUUACCGACUUCGACGACUCAUGAGUGAGUUACUGGCCGUGCCCUACGUCGUUGCCAUUCCGAAAACCCAAAAAAUGGAUUUUCUGGUAGGCUCUCGGCAAAAAGGGAAAGCAAGUAGCCCGGGACGUAACGCCCGGUUUCACGCUAGGGAGUUGCCCGAUGGGUCGUGUGGACUCUGCUGGGCUUCCCCUUUCCAACCACCUGUCACCUUUACCUACGAGGUAAAAUCCAUCCCGAAGACAAGCUUGGGCUAGGCUCUGUAAACAUCCAGAAUUGCUUACCUAGCAUUGCUGCUCACUUCAGAAUGGCAAAACCUUGCCGGAUAUAGUUAAAAUAUGAGUCGAGUAUGCAUGGCCGGAAGGCCAUGCCCAGACGAAGACGCCAUAUUUUAAUUAUAGGUGCCGCAAUUGCAACCAACAUGACUUAUUCAAUCCUAGUUAUAGUCUUAUUUACAGUCGUCAGAGUUAAAAAACUUGAUAAGAAAUGCAGAACUGGAAUUGAUUUCAGUAACUAUUUCGAAAACAUUAAAGUGUUUUUAAAAAUAUACCUGUUUGCCAAGAAUAGCCCACUAAGGAGCAUUUGAUUCGCCAUUUGGUUAGCCAGAAAAUAUGGCAUGCCCAACGAAUUUUCAAGCCAGCUAUUGUUUGGGCCAUCCAAAAAAUGCUCCUUAGUGGGCUAUUCUUGGUAAAUAAGUAUAUGCAAUUCCUACUUUAAUAAAUGUACUUAUUCCAACAGUAUUUUAUGAAUUUGCGUUAUACCAGGCUACAUUGCUCGGGCAUGAUUAUCAAGCCGCACAUAUAAUAAUUGUCAGCGCUGAUGGGUUUUUUUAUAUGCUUCCUGUUGGAUUAAGCAUAACUAUGGCUUCAGUAGUUGGAAGAGCCAUUGGAGAAUCAAAGCCCAAAAAAGCUUUGCUUUUUGUAAAAGCGUCGUUUAUUAUAUUACUCGUCAUCAUGCUUCCUAUAUCAACUGCAACCAUAAUUUUUGGAUUUCCAUGAAGUGAAAUUUUUACCAAGGUAAAUUUUAUUUAGGAUGAAAAUGUAAUUGACAUUACGAGCUCAAUUUCUUACAUAGUAGGUGUUUAUAUUUUUCUUAGUGCAUGUAGCUGCACAAUUGUAGGGAUUUUAAGAGGACUUGCAAAGCAAAGCAAAGUUGUUGGGGUUUUUGUGGUCGGAUAUUACUGUAUUGGGUCACCUUUAGGAUAUGUUCUUGCGUUUUUUGGCGAUCUCGGCUUGCAUGGGGUUUGGACUGGGCUUUUUAUAGGAGAUUUUACUUCUUUAUGCCUUUUAGUGUGGAUUUUGUUUAGAACUAGAUGGGAAUCUGCAAAAGAUGCAGUUGAAGCUAAAGUGUAA